GAAUGCUAUACUUUACAAGGUUACUUCAAACAAUAUCACAUGCAAAUGCACUCUCCUCGCUAGCUAGGACCUCUCUCUCUCUCUCUCUCUCUCUCUCUCUCUCUCUCUCCUGCCCGACUUGUGAUAAUUGCAUGUCGCACAAGCUAGUCAGUGUACCAACCUAUCUCUGUUUUCUUUCAUCCGUAAUGGCUCUACUUCAAAGCCCCAGCAAUGGAGGAAUCCCGCAAGAUGGCUUCGAACCCCACAAUCUCCUCGUAUCGUUCUCCGACACCAAUAGUUACAGUGACGACUUCGAAUCCACCUGCUCCACCCCUUACGUUAGCGCGCCCUCCAGCCCUGGCCGCGGCCACAACUCCAACCACGGCGGCUACUUCUUCAGCGCACCUGCGAGCCCCAUGCAUUUCGUGAUCUCCUCGGCUCCCUCCACCACCUAUCCCUCCACCCAGCCCAUCGACACGUCGUCGUUCGAGUUCGAGUCUCGGUUCUCCCCCAACGGUUCGGUAGCUGUUGGAUCAAUGAGCUCCGCCGACGAGCUUUUCCUCAACGGUCAGAUCAGACCCAUGAAGCUAUCCUCGCACUUGCAGAGACCUCAGAUCUUGGCCCCGCUGCUGGAUCUCGAUGAAGAUGAAGAACUCGAGGAAGAAAGAGACAAAGCAAUUUUAAAGCUGGAGCACUCGCAUACAGUACUGAGAAGAGGCAGAGAUCUCAAACUACGCAGUAGAUCUCUGAACCGAAAAGCGAGAUCGUUAUCACCUAUUCGAAACGCAGAGUUUCAAGCGCUUCAGCAAGAGGAAGAAGUCGACGAAGACAAAACUAAACGCGUCGAUGACCUUAUCUUAAACUUGCAAGAAGACUUCGCAGGUGCUAAGCAAAGUGAAACCACCACCGUCUCGACCGAAACGACGCCGUCCCCUUUCGCCUCGUCUUCGAGGUCAUCCUCUACCGGCAGGAACUCGAAGAAGUGGAUAUUCUUGAAGGAACUGUUAUAUAGAAGCAAAAGCGAGGGAAGAGGAGGAAACAGCAGAGAAAAGUUUUGGUCUUCCAUAUCUUCUUUAGCUCCUUCUUCGAAAGAAAAGCCGCCGCCGCCUCCGGCUCCGAAAGAGAAAAAGGCAGAGAAACAGAAGCGAAGCAGUAAGCAAGCCGGAAGACCGACCAAUGGGGUUGCAGCAGCAAAGAGAAGGGUUCCGGCUCCGUCGGCGCACGAGUUGCACUACACGGCGUAUAGAGCGCAGGCAGAGGAGAUGAAGAAGAGGACGUAUUUGCCGUACAGGCAGGGUCUGCUUGGAUGCCUGGGCCUUAGUUUCAAAGGAUACGGUGCGUUUAAUGGACUUGAUAGGAAUUUGAAUCCGGUCUCUUCCGGGUAGACCACAGACAGAGAUCAGAAGGGUUAAGGGUCCUUAUUAAUUUGUACCUAUAUGUAUAUCUAUACACAUGCAUACUGUGAUGAUCUGUCUCUGAAUCAGCGUCUUGAGCUGCUUGUACAGUUAAGUGAGACCAUAUAUGUUGUGAUCACUAUUUUGGGAUCCACCUAUUGUUAGGAAUGAAUUUGGUAUUUUAAAUGAGACCAUAUAAUCAAGAUGA